CUCUACUACCACCUUAUCCUCCCUCCUGGAAUCUGCAGGCCAAUCCGCUAAGAAUCUUCAAGCAAUAGACUUUUCUUGCGGCUGGCCGCUCUCCUUUGUGUCGGUCCGUUGGUCGCGUGAAGCUUCUGCCCCGCAAUCCAGCAGCAGCUCAGCUUACCGAUAAAUUCUUUCCCCCCUCCUAGCACCCUUUUCUCCAAAGGAACCCAGUUCAGCAAACGGAUCGAACUGUUAACAAUCGCCCAUCAUGUUCGGUAUCAUUGCGGACCUUUUGUCCUCAAUCAUCACGAUCCUGCUUCCUAUAUUUGCUUCCUUCAAAGCCCUCCGGACUGGCGACCCUUCCCAGCUGGCACCAUGGCUCAUGUAUUGGGUCGUUCUGUCGGCCGUGCUGAUGGCGGAGUCGUGGACGGUCUUCAUUCUGGGAUGGUUUCCGUUCUAUAGCUGGAUCCGACUCUUCUUCUUCUCCUAUCUCGUUCUCCCCCAAACGCAGGGAGCUCGGAGUCUAUACCAGGAAUAUGUCGACCCCUUCCUUGAGCACCAUGAGCGUGAAAUCGAGGAAUUCAUUGGCCGCAGCCAUGAGCGUGCCAAGGCUCUAGGACUUCAGUAUUUCUACCAAGCCCUAGACUACGUCCGGGAAAAUAUUCUGGGCUUGCCGGCCCAACGUCCCGCAUCUCCUCCACCCCCGACUGGCCCGGCUGCCUAUGCGCAGUCGCUCUUGUCCCGGUUCAAUAUUCCCACAGCCGCUGGAGGCUCUGCCCCAGCCACAGGCAACGACUGGCUCUCUGCCAUCGGCUCUGCGGUCGCUUCAGUUGCAUCUGGCAAGAGUGCUGAAGCACGCGGGGAGGAGCUGUCUGCCAGCGGAACACUACUGCCACGGGAGGUCGCGUCCAUGUCCCGUGCGGAUAAGGCCAAGUAUAUCUCGAGCCAAAGAGACAUGUUGGAAGUGCUGCGUAGCGCUCUGGCCAAGGAGGAGCGCGACCUGCACAGUGCAGGCGCAGAGGUGGAUGACCUGGCGUACGGUGGUGCACCGCUCCGAAAGAACCGCAGCGAGAACUCUUUUACUCAUGUGGAGCAUGAGGAUACUCAGGAACGCUCGUCCGAUGCGCAUGGCCGCACAAGCAGCGGAAACUGGGCCUCUGGUUGGUUUGCAGGUGGGGAGCAAGCUGGAUCCUCGGGUGUAGACCAUGGGAACGAGGGCGCAAGAAGUCGGGCUCACUGAAUACCUAGACCAAGCAGACAGUUCUCUUGCAUGAGACUAGCACUCUUUCUCAAUGAAAAAGCAAGAUUGAUAGGGCG